AUGGCGGACCCCUCCUCGUCGCUUCUAUGGACAGUGAUCCUGCUCGUCACCGCUCUUCUGCUCGCGCUCAUCGUCACCACCCACAUCCUGUCCUCUUACACGAUAGCCUACCUGGCCGCGCCGCGUGAGAUCAACACCUUCAUCGACGCCGUCGACUUUUCGAUACAAGAAAACGAGAGUUACGAUUGCGACGUGGCGAGAGUGCCGAGACUAGAGGACAAGGUGCGGCUCGGACGGCUCCUCCGCGAGAUUCAAAAAGGGGGCGAUGACCUGCGCGAGGAUUUGAAUCAGCUCGUAGUCGCAGAGGGCGGUACUACAUUGCACACCAGCGCUCGAAUACUAUGGGCGAGCCAUAGGAGACAGUUGGAGGACAGGGUGCGGAGGCUGGACAUCUUGCGCAUGCGAUUCUUGGUGGUGUAUAUGGGCAUCGUCGCAACGUCGGCAGGGGAGCGAGGGAGGCAUGCCGAGAGGACGACACCGAAAGACAUCGAGAAAACACCCAUACACACCCCUCGUGCGUCUCGGCCGGGCAUACACAAGUCCUUGACGGACAGUAUCAAGCAGCGGCCGCCGUUGAGGCGGCUGGCUACCCAGGCAAUGGGGCAUAACGAGAAGACCGAACAGCCACAUCGAACUGGAUGGAUGGGCGUGGUACAAGAGCUACAACGCUCACCACUUAUGCAGAAGCGACAUGCCUCUAUUGAGGAAGCUAUGCGAUCGCCGCCGGUUAUGACGCCGUUGGGUAGCCCGCUGGCUCUGAGCCCAAUCGCCAGGACACCUUCACCAAUGACCAUCGACUCCUAA